UUUUAUUUUUUUAAUAUUCUCAGUCUUAAAAAAAAGAUGUUACAAGUCUAAUUACACAUUUGUUUCAUAGUGCAGAUCUAUACCAAAAGCAAAAUGAGUUAUACCUUAACACAACGUGGAAGUUCAGGAGAGGUAGUCCAUAAGAAUAUCACAGCCCUGGAUGGUUCCAGGUUGAACUGUCAAUUUUACAGUAGAAUAGGGGCUUGUAGACACGGAGAGAAAUGUUCUAGAAAUCAUGUCAAGCCAACAUCAUCUAAUGUUAUAAUACUACCAAACUUAUAUCAGAAUCCAAAGUUGAACAAGAAUGACACUCAUGUAGAUGAUGGUCAGAUUCAGAAAACUUUUGAUCACUUUUAUGAGGAUGUAUUUAUAAAGUUUGCCUCUCUUGGUCAAGUAGUGGAACUUGCAGUAUGUGAAAAUGAGAAUAAUCAUUUAAAUGGGAAUGUUUAUGUUACAUAUCAUAGUAAAGAGGAAGCUGCUCGUGCUGCUGCCAUAUUAAACCAAGAAUGGUAUAAUGGAAAACCAGUGUAUUGUGAUUUAUCACCAGUUGAUAAGAUUGAUGAUGCUACAUGUCGUGCUUACGAAGAAUCAAACUGUGCUAGAGGAGAUAUUUGUAACUUUAUGCAUUUAAGGCAUCCUACUCAUCAAUUAGAAGAAAGCUUACAUAAUUCUCAGAAGAAAUCUAUCAUUCUUAGAAAGCUAGCAAAAGUAAGUAGUAAGCCAGUGACUGGUAGUGGUAGUAGUACAUCCGCUGCGACUGCGACUGCGACUGCGACUGCAACAACUGCGACUGCGACUGCGACUGCGACUGCAACAACUGCGACUGCUAGUGCUUCAACAUUUGGAGCUCCUACGACGUUUGGAGCUCCUGCUGCACCAGUUGCUCCUGUUGCUCCACCUACUGGAAGAGAAAAGAGUACUAUUGAAGAUAUCAGUAGUUUAUUUGCUUAA